GUCAAAAUGAGAGGAGAUCGGGGUUAAAAGAAAGAGCGACAAGGUCGGCAGCUUAGUCUCGUCUGCCGAGUCCAAUCUGGCCGUCCCGUCCCUUCCCGAAACAGAAUCAAGAGUAGAUGCAGCGCCCUACCCCCUCCCCCGCCUCCGCCGUCGUUCCUACACCCACGCUCAAAGCAAGCCGCUCACCACCACCUUCUCCCCACAAACCAAGGUCCUCGCCCGCCAACUCCUUGCGCGCAGUAACCCUCACACUCACCACAUCCGUAAUGCCUUUGUCGACAAAAUAGUACGGAAAUACCUCACUAGCCGGCACCACCACCCCCCUUUACGUCCCUCAAAUCUAGAUGCACAGCAGUCUAGAUUCCAGGCUCGAGGCGCAAAGAAAAUCGAAGUCCUGGUGCCGAGGCGGCACGUUCUUAGCGAUAGGUGGAAGAAGAAG